AUGGAUGCAGAAGAUUUUAAGCGUAAGGUUUCUGCCUUGAAGCGAAAAUUAUCAGAUAGUGCUAAGGAAGUCCAAACUAUUAAUGAGAAGGGUAGAGCAGCUCUCAAAGAUCCUGCUCAAGUGAACUUAUUCAAGGGUACUGUAGUUGCUGAGAUAAAAGAUGCUUCCGGAAGAUUUCAACCCAUACGUCUAGUGAUAGACUCAGGAAGUCAACAUUCCUUCAUAACUCACAAAUGCCUCACCAAACUUGGUUUAUCGACAACUCCAUAUCCAAAGAAGAUAUCGGCUAUUGGCCAGACCAUAUUUGAUGGUGCAAAAGGCAAAGCACUUUGUCAUCUGAAGCCAAAAAAUCAGGAAUCCCCUAUCCUCAAAACAGAAGCUGUUGUGAUCAACAAUAUUACUUCAUACCUACCCAACUUCACUAUGCCUUCUAACUUAUGGUCGGAAUAUACCAAAUUUGAACUAGCAGACCCUAAGUUUUGGGAACCUGGACCUAUUGAGUUUUUAUUGGGCUCUGACUUGUUUCCAGAUGUUUGGCUUGGAUCUUCGAUUACUCUUCAUGAAAACCAACCCAAGCUGUUUGCAUCAGUCUUUGGCUACAUUGCUAUUGGGAGAGUUCUUGACUGUCAAUCAUCCACUAAUAUGAAUGCUUCUUUCUUCACCCUUGCUUAUGAUAAAUAUGAUAUUCAUAAUCAGCUGCAACGAUUUUGGGAACUCGAGGAACCUGCUUCUAUCCCAGUCAAAGAAAACCCAGAAGAUUUAGCUUGUGAAAAGCAUUUUACAGAGACUCACUACAGACUUGAGAGCGGCCAGUACGUUGUUCGCCUACCGUUUAAAAGUGAGCCAAAGCAUCUUGGUGACUCUGAAAGAAAUUCUCUGAAAAGACUAUACAGUCUAGAAACAAAACUGACAAAGAAUUCUCUACUUAAGUCUGAAUACUGCAAUUUCAUGAAAGAAUACCUUGAACUGGAACACAUGAGCCCCACAUCAUCUACUUCAAAAUAUGUGAUCCCACACCAUUCUGUCACUAAAGAAGAUCGCUCACAGAUUAAGCUCAGAGUAGUAUUUGAUGCUUCUUCCCUUACUGACUCUAACACGUCUCUAAACAACCAUCUUAUGAUAGGCCCAAAGUUACAGCAAGACAUAAAAGCCUUGAGAGUCAUGAAACAGCUAGCAACCGAUGAAGGGACUGACUAUCCACAUGCAGCAAAGGCUAUUCUUCAAGACAUGUAUGUCGACGAUCUUGUCACUGGUGCUUCUACUGUUGAUGAAGCCUUGAAACUCAAGGAUGAAGUAAUCAAUCUUUUACACAAAGGUCAUUUUGGUCUAAGUAAAUGGGCCAGUAACUCUCAGGAAAUUUUAAAUGCAAUCAAUCCUUCAAAACAUAUCAAACAGAUCAACCUCUCAUCUAGUGAAGAUUCAAAUGUCAAGAUCCUAGGACUUCAAUGGAACCCUUCAAGUGACACGUUUGCAUACCAGAUUGAACAAUUUACCCCUGUGUUUACUAAAAGGGCUAUCCUAUCAGCUGUGGCAAAGAUUUUUGAUCCUCUAGGAUUCGUUUCUCCUGUGAUAAUGAUUGCAAAGAGCAUAAUACAAAGCCUAUGGAAAUUGAAGCUGGACUGGGAUUCUGAAAUCCCAACUAACUUGAAGACUCUAUGGAAUGAUUUGACUACCCAGCUAGAGAAACUGCAACAUCUUAGUAUUCCAAGAUUUGUAACAUCUGACAAACCAUACAAAUUGCAAAUAGUAGGAUUUGCUGAUGCUUCAGAAAAAGGAUAUUGUGCUGCACUGUAUCUGAGAGUUAUUAGUGACAAAAUAAUUACAAACCUUCUAACAGCCAAAACUAAGUUAGCCCCAAUCAAGACACUGUCUAUCCCACGCUUAGAGUUGUGUGGAGCCUACCUGCUUGCAACAUUAUUCCACUCUGUUAUGGAAACCCUCAGCCAAUUUGCCAGUAAUCAGUUUCAGAAGCCUAUUUUCUUCACUGAUUCUUCAAUUGUCUUAGGAUGGCUGAAUACACCAACUUACAAGCUUAAAGUUUUUGUAGCAAACAGAGUUGCACAUAUCUCAGAACAUACUCCUGUUUCAUCGUGGAGACAUAUUAAAUCAGAGGAAAAUCCAAGUGACCAUGGUUCUAGAGGACUUUUACCAGAUAAACUAACUAACUGUGAUCUAUGGUGGCAUGGCCCUAAGUGGAUGAAUAUGCCUGAAGAUAAAUGGCCAGAGUCUACAGUACAGUUCCAGCAGCAGCCCCUACCUGAAGUGAAAGCUGAACCACAAGUGCUUGUCUCAAAUAGUACUGAGCCAGAGCUUAUCAAGAUGAUGGAAAACUAUUCUUCAUACUACAAACUCUUACGUGUAAUAUCUUGGAUCAGAAGAUUUAUCUACAAUUGUCAAGCUAAACUACACAGUACUAGUCGUCUGAAAGGACCCCUUCAGCCUAAGGAAAUUCAAGAGUCCUUACUAUCCUGCAUCAAGAAAAUUCAAUCACACUUUUUCUCUAUUGAUGGCGACAGAAGAUGUGCAACUGCUGUCCUCAAUAAGUUUCAUAAACUUACCCCUUUCUUUGACAAACUGGGGAUACUCAGGGUGGGCGGCAGGCUAAAUAAUGCAGCUAUCCCAGAAGAUCAAAGACACCCAAUCCUUCUGCCAAAGUGUCAUUUCACCUUAUUGUUGGUAGAUUAUUACCAUAAAAUCUACCUACACCCAGGACCCAACUUGCUUCAAGCUCUGAUUCAAUUACGAUUUUGGAUACCAUCACUGAGAAAUAUUGUCCGUCAGCGAACCUUCAAAUGUCUAAGGUGCUUCAAGCUAAAGGCUGAAACCUUUUCCCCGAUGAUGGCUGAUCUUCCUUCGCAACGAGUGAAUGUAAGCCGAGCAUUUUUACAUGUUGGUGUUGACUUUGCUGGACCUUUGACUAUGAGAGAGUCGUUAAGAAGAAAAGCAACCACUGCCAAGACUUACAUCUGUGUUUUUGUCUGCAUGGCUACUAAAGCUUUACAUUUAGAGCUGGUAACCGCACUCUCAACAGAUGCCUUUAUGGCUGCUUUCAGACGUUUUAUUUCUAGAAGAGGUCUUCCUGAACAAGUGUAUUCCGACUGUGGAACCAACUUCAGAGGAGCAGCUAAUCGUCUUCGAGAGUUAGGAUUAUGGUACUCCAAUCAGACUACACAAGAAGAAAUUCUACAGCAAACUACUAAACUGGAAGUAAAAUGGAAUUUCAAUCCUCCCUAUUCCCCACACUUUGGUGGACUGUGGGAGUCGGCAGUUAAAUCAACAAAGACACAUUUGAGGAAGAUAGCUGGAGAAACUGCUUUGACUUAUGAAGAGUGGUCAACCUUGCUCACCCAAGUAGAAGCAGUUCUGAAUUCAAGACCACUCUGUCCUUUGUCAGCUAGUCCAGAAGAAACUAAUUUUCUUUCUCCAGGACACUUUCUUGUUGGAUGUCCUCUUGUUGCUCCUCCCGAACCUUCUCUUCUUGAUCUUCGAGAAAACGUCCUUACAAGAUGGCAACUAGUCCACAAGAUGGUUCAACAUUUUUGGAAGAGGUGGCGAGUGGAAUACUUGAACAUCCUGCAAGCGAGAGGAAAAUGGACAAGAUCUUCUACAAACCCUAAAAUCGGAGACUUGGUUCUUCUUAAGGAUCAAAAUGUACCUAUCUUGCAGUGGCCUCUUGGAAGAAUCAUCAAGACUCACCCAGGCAGUGAUGGAAUUGUUCGAGUGAUGACUGUCAAGACCAGUGACUCUGAAUUCCAACGUCCAGCUGUGAAAUUGGUACCUCUUCUUUCAAUCAAUUCUGACCCUUUUAAACUCACCACUUCUCACAAAGCUGUCAUAGACAAACAAUCGACGUUGUUAGACCCACUGUUCCACAGUGACUGA